AUGGGUAUCUGCGCCUCAUGUCUAGGACGUAAUCGUCGGGAACCCCACGAUCCCAACCACCCCGAAUCCUCUCGCCUCCUUGAUGAAGACAUCUACCAACCGGGCUACGGCUACGGCGCCCUUAACCAAAGCGCCCAAGGCAAUCACCCAGACCCUAGCUACCUGAAGCGCGAACGAGAAGCCCUCGAAGCAAUCUGUCAACGAAUAUCAGACUCCGUCAUCGACAUCUGGUCCCUCCAACCCCAACCGCACCUCCAACCUCGCGCCACCCUCCCCAGCACCGUCCCCCCUCCUUCAUCCUCCGAUGGCGAUGCGCCACCCGUCAAAGUAAUAACAACUGACUCGCCACCGGCUCGCUCAAAGAAACAAUCCUCUCCGACUGCAAAGGCAGGCGGCACGGUCCCGAAACACUGGGGCGAAGUGGUGAUAAAUACGCGCAAGAAUCGGUCGCGGCCGGGGUCGAGUACGGAUGAAGACGGUGCUGCUAAGAGGGAUGUAUUCGGAGUGUUGAAGGUUACAUGA